UGAAUUUCAAGCACUUUAGCUGGCUUGGCUGGCUGUUGCUAUAAAUAUGGUAGCAUGAGGUACAGGUACAUCGCACCAAGUACACCAAGUCUUCUUCCAUAGCCUUCUCUCAGUACUUAAUUACCUAACUCAAACUGCUCCUCUAUCUAUGGCUUUCAAUAUGGUUGAUGCUAAUGCUCUUAAAUCUAACAGCCUCAAAGUCAUAUCGGAGGCUAGCAGGUUGAAAGGCCAACAAGUUGUUCAAAUUCAAAAGGCUGCCCUCUAUAGUCUUAUAAAGUCUAUUUCUGAUAAGCAAGAAGAAGCUGAACCCUUUUAUCUUAUUGAUUUAGGGGUUGUUAUAAGACUAAUGGAUAAAUGGAAUCAAUCUCUGCCAAAUGUAAAACCUUUUUAUGCCGUUAAAUGCAAUACUGAGCCUGCAUUACUUCUAUCACUUGCAACACUCGGUGCAAACUUUGACUGUGCAAGUCAAGCUGAGAUUGAAACCAUACUUGGCCUCGGUGUUAAUCCUGACAGGAUUGUGUAUGCCAAUCCAUGCAAGUCUGUGUCCCAUAUAAAAUAUGCAGCUAGGGUUGGAGUCAACCUGACAACCUUUGAUUCCAAGCAAGAAGUUGAUAAGAUAAAAAAAUGGCAUCCAAAAUGUGAACUACUGCUUAGACUUAAAGUUCCAAGCGAAAAUUCAUCCUGGCGUCCAUUUGGUAACAAAUACGGUGCAUUAACUGAGGAGGUGGCUUCUCUACUCCAACAUGCAAACCAGGCUGGUCUUAAAGUUGUUGGAGUGUCAUUCCAUGUGGGUUCUAUAGCAUCAGACCCACAAGUGUAUCACAGCGCAAUUGCUACAGCAAGAUUUGCAUUUGAUACUGCCAUUAAGCUCGAAAUGCCUGCAAUGCAUAUUCUUAACAUUGGUGGCGGGUUUAGGGCGAACCCAUUAUUUGAUGAGAUUGGUAAAACUGUAAACGACUCAGUUCAAGAAUUUUUUCCAGAUGAACUGACAUCGCUGACAAUGAUAGCAGAGCCAGGCAGAUAUUUUGUAGAAACUGCAUUCAUUCUGGUGACUAAUGUUAUUGGGAAGCGAGUGAGAGGUGAGCAAAUUGAUUAUUGGAUUGACGAUGGGGUUCACGGAUCAUUUAACCUUGGAGCGUAUGACCGUGCUUCUUUGUCGUAUAAGGUUUUCCCGCAAAAUGAAGAUGACUUAGCAGGUCUAAUUACUUCCUCGACAAUUUUUGGACUGACCUGUGAUUCAUUAGACGUUGUGGUAAGUGGGUGCAAGCUACCAGAGCUACAAGUCAAUGAUUUGAUCGUGUUCUAUAACAUGGGUGCCUACACAACAGCUCCUGCAAGCAAGUUUAAUGGGUUUAACAGGUUUGAUUUGCCCACCUAUCUUGUAUUUACAAGUGCAGAUUGAAGCGUGGACAUAUCAGAUAAUUAACCUUUGUAUUUUAUCUUCCCUUUCUUCUCUUGUCUUUCCUAUCUUCCAAUCACUCCAGCAAGACAACAAUUUUACACUCAAUAAUAUUAUUAUUUUCUUACUAGAAUUGGACAUUAGCUAUUACAGAAACUAGAAUAUCUAUUUGAAAGUUAUCAUAGUACAAUAAAGUAAACUUUAACCUGCAUUAUAGUUAAUGGAUGUAAUUGUAAUGCCAACAUGCUAUUUAUUAAUGAAUCUAUUUUAUAUUGUAAUGCAUUA